AUGGUUCAAUGGUACAGGAAUGAGGCGUAUAUCCUGACAGAGAAUGGGGAAUAUUCAGUUUUAAAGAGUUACAAUGCAUUGCUAGGAAGGCACGCAAAGAUCCCUGAAGCUGCACUGGUGUGGAACUCUAUCAUGGUACCUAGACAUAGAUUCAUUGUGUGGUUAGCUGAUCAAGAAAGGUUGUUGACAAAGGAUAGGCUCACUAAGAUGCACAUACAUGAUGAUGAUGAAAGCUGUGGAUUAUGCUCAAAUGCUCAGAUGGAAACACAUAGGCACAUAUUUGCAAAUUGUGCAUGGUUUAAAGAAUUGAGGGAUGCAGUGGUCAACUGGUCUGGGAUCUCAUACAGGAGUAUAAGUGCUCAGCAAACAUUGCAAUGGGUCAGGAGAAGGAAAUGGAAGAAGUUCAAGAAGGAGCAGGUUAUUGCCAUUUGGAGUGCUAUGAUAUACCACACUUGGAUGGCAAGGAAUGGAAAGCAGUUUUAG